AUGCCCGGUUUUUUGGACCUGCCCCUUGAGCUGCGGAACCAUGUCUACGACAUGUUACUUUGCGAAGAGCUGGAGCACUCGUUUCGCGGAGUCAUGGUGAUAUCGGAGGUCUAUGUGGAGAAGGACCUGCCGCUUCGGUGCUAUCGCGGCCUGCUGCGCACAUGCCGCCAGAUAUAUCGAGAGUUCAAGCAAGCAAUACAGCAUCAAGCCGCGUCCAAACGGCUAAACUACGAAUUUGACAUUACCUUUUCGCAUGGCAGGCCUUUCUUUUCUCUUACUUGGGUACAAUUCUCCGCGCUGUCGCCGACCAUCAAUCACCUAUGCAUCAACAUUGACUUGCGAACCCGAGAGCCCUUACGAGACGGGCCUCGCGAGUCGUUUGUUCCUCGCGCGUAUGAGCUGACCGAGCUGUUGGAGCACUCGCCUGUUUGCUUCGCAAAGCAACUCUUCGACUACAUAGCCAUCUUCUUGAAGACGCUAGCAAACCUCCUUCACCAAGGUGAUUCCCAUUUCAGAGUCUUGUAUUUGGAGAGCUUGACGCUGAAUCUGCGUACUAUAACCAAAGUCGUAGCGCUCGGUGGCGGCGGUCACAACCCCAUCACGCUUUCACGUCGGCUUCGCGUCGGCCAAGCUGAAGCCGAGGGACUGCACGAGAUUAUGCGCGAUACCUUAGAGACCACGUCGAAGAAGUUCCGCGCUUUCGACGCGAGUGCUUGCGACCGACUCUUCCCUUUGAUACAGAUUGGAUGCUUGCAAUUUGCUACCGAAGACCAGGUGUGGGGUGAAGGACACAACUUGGUACUGGCUCAUGACGACUUCCAAUGGCUACGAUAUUAG